GGAUCUUUUUCAUCUCCUAACUUUCAUCGACCGCUUUUAGGCGCCCCUGGGUGAACCCAUUAUUGCACGUAAACAAAGUGCCCACGUGGUUUUGAACCUAGAGUGAGAGAUGACGUAAUAUGCAAACCUCGCUGUUUCCGUUGCUGAACUAGUCGCAUCGACAGCUUUCAUUCAUGGAAUUCACUGGCGCUGUGUCGCGUGUGUAUUUUUAGUAUGGCCGACCUAUCCAGGUAUACUCGUAGAAAACAGGCAAAUCCACAACGCAAAAAUCUUGAUGAGAUUCUGGACAAAAAUGAAACAAACAGUAGUAUUUCUGACCGAGGAAUUGACCUUGCUGAUGACCCAGUUGUAGGAUCACCCAACUCCCCAAUGAGUCGUUCAGACACACAUAGUACAGAUGACUCCUUCGGACAUGGAAGCUCCGAGGAGGAGGAAGUUGAUAUUGACGAGGUUCAAGAUGGUGGUGGUUCCGGAGAUAGUGGGGUUGAUACCGGAAUCCAUCUGGAAGAAUAUCUGCAUAGGAGUAACACUAUGGUUAUUUAUCCUGAGGCUGUUGACGAGGACAGACGGAGUGAUUAUAAAGGAGAGGAAGAUGAGAAUGGUUUGGAGCCAGUUAACUGCCCAUAUUGCGAUCGUACCUACAAGAGAUUAACGUCACUUAAGGAGCAUAUCAAGUACCGCCACGAGAAGGGAUCCAACAGCUUUUCCUGUCCAAAAUGUAAUUACUGUUUUGCUCACAAAUCACAGUUAGAAAGACACAUGGCAACGCACAUGCCCGGUCGAAACCAAGUGUGCGAAAUUUGCAAUAAGGCAUUUGUGAACAUUUAUAGACUCCAGCGACAUAUGCUGACACAUACUUCAGGAAAUCGUAAAUUCAAAUGUGGAGAGUGCAGUAAAGCUUUUAAAUACAAACACCACCUCAAGGAGCAUCUUCGGAUUCACAGUGGAGAGAAGCCAUACGAGUGCUCCAUCUGUAGAAAGCGGUUUUCACACUCUGGUUCAUACAGUUCACAUAUUAGUAGUAAGAAGUGCUCUCCAGUUCAUGUACCACCAAUCAUUAAAGAUGCAAUGGCAGCUCCAGUGAAAGUUGUCUCUGGAGAUGUCCUACCAGAUAGUAACGAAGGAAGCGGAAAAGAGAACAAUGGUCACUCAGUAUCAAACAACAUCUCAUAUUUUUAUCCAUUGCAUGUUAAAAUCCCAACAUCGAAUGACUUAGUUCCAACAAAUCAGAAUUUCCCUGAUAAACAAAACCAGCAGCAUCUCACUUCACCACCAAACGAAGCAGUUAAGAAAGUUUUAGAAAUUGUUGGUGCCACUGUUACCAAGCAGCAACAAGAAGGACAAAAUACAGACAUUUCUAAGAUUAAAAAGACUGUUAAUCCAACUCAAGAACAUAUUGAAAUAAUUAGCCCAAAAGUGAAUACAACUGAAAAAGUCAAACUGCCUGAAAUAACUAAAGACAGAGGUGUAGUGACAGCAAAAAUGGUGAAGGCACCUCUUGGUACAAUCCCACCACAAGACGACAAUUAUAGCAUUGUUGAUUACACAUUAAAGAAAGUUCAUGAGGCCAAAGCAGUUGCAAGCUGCCUGGAAACUCAUCGAAAAAAUAAUGCUGGUAGCCUGGAGAAGGCCUUUUGUAAAUUUUGUGGCAAGUUCUUUGAAAAUCCCAUAGAGUUGCACCAACAUGAAAGGUACAUCUGUACGAUGAAUGAAGAAGUUCAGGAAGCAGUCAGCAGUAUGGACCCACCUCCAUUACUGAAAUCUAACUGUAAAGAGUUUUGCCGUUUGUGUGGUGAAUCAUUUGAUAGUCCCAUUGAGAAACACCAGCAUGAGAGGUAUCUCUGUGAUAUGAACGCAGACGUCUGCAGACAAAAAAUGCGUUCAAAUAAUAAUGAUGUUCUCUCCCUGACAACUGUGAACCCUGAAUCUGAUGAGAAAGAUACAAAUGAAGAGAAUAAUGAUGAUGUUUCUGUGAUAAAUGAAGAAAAAGCAGCAUUGAGUGAUGACCAGACCAUAGAAGUGGAGAGCACUAAAGAAGAUGAUUGUGAAAGUGAGGAAGAUAAUCCAGUAGCAGCAACUGAAGAUCAACCAGAAGUUGAAUCUAUAUCUAGUGCUCAAGAGCAAGCAUUGAGAGCAUUCUAUGCCUUGCAAGCUCAACCUUCUGAAGAUGGACUGACAAAGAUCUCUCAGGCUUUAAACCUCAAUGUAAAUACCAUAUCAGAUUGGUUCCAGAAAGCACGGCAACAAGAAGUUGAUGGUACUGAUCCAUCUCUUAAAGGUCUUGAAUAUGCAAAUAAAACUGCUUUUAAUGGAUCAGUUUCAGACUCAAGACCAGUAUCUAACAGCCCUGAGCCAACUCCAAGCCCAGUUAGGACAUCAGUGGUCCAAAGUAGUCCUCAAAGACCCACCGCAACAACACCAGAACCUACCAGGGAUGAAGAUCGAGGUGUAGAUCUUACCAGACUUCGUCCAACACCACUUACAUUACAGACAACAUCACCCAUCUCAAGCCCCCAGACAAGUCCUUCAAGCUACCAUUCAAGACCUAUAGUCACAUCAUCACCAUCAACUACUGCACACGAUGCACCACUUGAUUUAAGUGUACCAAAGCGGAUGUCACCAACACCAGAGUAUCAUUUGGAUAGAAACAACCUUAUGUUUCAUUAUAAAUAUCCAUCGUUAUAUUCCCCUGCUUUGGGAAGUGUGAUUUACCCAGGUUUACGGCCUCCUCUCCAUCCACAAGCAAGUUUAUAUUUUGAAAACACCAUUAAGGCACACAGUUUAGCGCACCAAGUUAAUAAGAGGAGGUAUCCUGAUCCUCCAUACUUUGCCUAUUUGCCUUUGCCGAAUGGCUAUCAGCCCAAACGUCAAAGAAUUAAUGUCCCACCGAUGGACUACCCUCAAAUUCCAGAAAUGAUGGCAGCUGAGGCAGGUCUUCGAAAACCCGGGACAAUUGAACUGAGCCACUCACCGACUUACCCUGUACACUCACCGAAGGGUUACCCUGAAGAUAGUCAUGAAAUCACCUCAUCAAGAAUGGAUUACAUGUAUGAUGAUAAUUGCAAUGAUGAUUCUCCUGGUAAACAACGGAGACGAGAUCGGGUCGUGCGUAGUGUGAUUGGAGGCCUUUACGCUUGCAGUCAAUGUCCGAAGACGUUUCAGAAGCACAGCUCUCUCUUAAGGCAUGUUUAUGAACAUUCAGGAAAACGCCCCCAUAUGUGCAAGGAAUGCGGAAAAGCAUUCAAACACAAGCAUCAUUUGAUGGAACACUCUCGACUGCACAGCGGUGAGAAGCCAUAUCAGUGCGAUAAAUGUCUGAAGAAGUUUUCGCAUUCCGGAUCCUACAGCCAGCACAUGAACCACCGUUACAGCUACUGUAAACGAGAGGAUAAUUUAGGUGCUGGAUUUGGCCGCAAAAAGGGCGCGACAAUUAAGCAGAUAAUGGCAAAAGAGGACUAUGUAAAUGGCUUGACAGAAGAGGUGAAAAGUACAAAAGAAAGCGAAAUAGAGGCUUAGAUGGAUCGUCAACGAAGUCUGUGAUCCCAAAUCAAACUUUUUGAUGCAAUUUUUUAAAAGAAACUUUUAUCGAUCAAAACAGUGAAAAAACCCAUAGCUGAUAAGUAAUACAAUAUAAGAAAAAAAAAACACAUCUGAAGGUGUUGCUUACCUACCCUGGUAGGUCAUACAAAACGAUUUGUUGACUUCCAAGAUUAUUGAUUAUGAAAGUGUAAUGAAUCCAUGAAGUAUGAUAAAGGACUAAGUGAGUAUUAUUAAAAUGUCAGAACAACCAUAUGCAGUAUCUAGUCUUCCUGGUGCAUAGGACUGAGAACAAACUUUUUAUUCACUUUAGUAAGAAAGUUUAAUAUUCAUUCAUAUCAGACCCAGUACUCUGAUUGGAUGCAUAUGUCUUCACUUAGAUCUUCAAAAUAUAAUGCUAAGAUUAAGGUUAAAGAUUUUUUUAUGAUGUACAUAUAUGGGAUUUUUUUCUCCAGUCCAUCUCAACAUUAUUAUUGGUGUGCUUUCUAUAAAUUAUGAAGAAAUAUUUAUUUUAAUUUAUCUUUUAAGUUAUAUGUUAUUCAAAAUGUUCUUUCACUUCAUUAGUAAUAACUACAAGUGCUAAAAUUGUUAAGAGUUUUAUGUUAUUUUGUCAAACAUGUUCAUUCAUUGUACAUAGUGAUUACAAAUCUUAAAUGCAAUGCAUUUUGUUUAAAAAUUGUUUUAAAAUUGAACAAAAAACUGUAAAUAUUGGAGACUACCAUUUGAACGGAUACAUAUUCCAUGAAUUAAUGAUUGUUGAAUUUUUAAUGGUCAAUUUACAGAACCAAGAAGGAUACAGCAUGUUAAGAUGUAAUAACCUGUUUUUAAGAAUAUCUUUUAUACUAUCAAAUAUAUAUGUUGCAAUUUCUGCCAGCUUGAAAAAUAAUUUAUAUUCGUCGGGACCCCAACCGUGCUGCGGAUACUGUUUUUAUGUUAUUUAUCUUAUAUCCAGCGCUACAGGUCUCAAAUACAUUGCGUACUGUGCAGCUAAUGCAUUACUAAACCACAGCCAUUGCAUUAAUCUCUUAUGUUCAUUGUUAUGGGAUUUUACUUCGAUCAAAAAGGUUAUAUAUAUGUGUGUGUUUUUAUGCAAGAAAAACAGUUCUGGUCAUGAGCUCACUCUACCAGGCAUAUGGCAGUGCAAAUUUGUUGUAGUCAUAUACAAUUCACUGCUUAUGAAAGGUAAAUCUUUAAAAGUAUGAAAUUUAGUCAGGUCAGAAUCAUUUUAAAAACAGAAAUCUGUUUGUAUAAUUAUAUAAGCACAUAUAUACAUAUAUAUAUACAUGUAUAUGUAUAUUUUGUAUAUUAUAGAUUUGUUUUAAGAAUAUGACCUUUGAUUGAAAGUUGUGUUAACAUUCAUUUCCUGUGCUCAUCCAAAUGCCUUUGCCUGGUGCCAUUGUGUCUCUUUCUGCUCUUUGAAUUCUUGUGGGCGUUUCUUAGUGCAAUUUUCACCUGAACUACUGUAUAUGCACAAAAACAAGGUACAAAACUUUACUUCGCUGACCUCUGAUGAACACAAAUAAUUACUAACUUUAAUUUAGUUAAUUGGGUGACAAAAUCUGACCUCCUUGGCAAAGAGAAUGUUUUCUUGGCUUUUUUUUUUCUUGCAUUUUUAAACCAACAAAGACAAAAUACCACAUACUUUGUUGAUUAAAGAACCAUUUAAUUUUUUAAUUCUGGUUUAUUUCAAUCCUUACUCAAAUUUCUGUGUAAUAGGAAUCAAUUUACUUUUUUAUAACAAGAGAGUAUUGGAGAGAAUGAACGUUAUGAGUUGAAAUCAAAUUUUAUAUUAUAAAAUAGUCACUGGAAAUUGGAAGACAAUUUAAGUGUUGAAUAAUUAUAAGUUGAUAAACUCAAAGCUAUGUACUGAAUUUCAGUUGAAAAACUUGGCAACAGAAAAAUUUGCUCCCAUAAUGAAGUUAAAUUAACUUAGCUUUUCCAAUUAUUAUUUAUAUAUUCAUUAUAUAAUGUAAAAAAGGUAUAAGCAAGGAUUUAUAUUAAUUUGUGCAAAUUAUGUUAAUUAAUAUCAUUAACUAAUUAUGUUAAUUAAUACUUACUUUAGACUGAAUUUGAAUCAGUAAGCAACAUAUCAAGUGUCUUCCACAUAGAUGAACUAUGCAUUAAGCAAUGAAAUAUCUGACAUUUUCAGCUUAAUUAAUUCCUUUUAAUCAGUAUGUUAAUUAUAUUUAAACACCAACAUAUUUGUGAAAGGGCUUAUAAACAAAAUUCUUAAUGGCCUGCCAGGUUAUCUUCCAUAAUUAACAAUUAUCCAUUAUUUAUAUUAAAAUUUUGAUUAUCAUUGUGGUUAUUUUUCUUUGUUGCCAUCAUGUGUGCUACUAAUAAUCACCCUACAACUCAAAGGUAAUAUUAAAAACAGAAAAUUAUAAGUUUAUAAACAUUAAGGAUAUGACAAACAAGGAGUUCUCGUUACAAAGCAAGUGUUUUAUUAUGUAUUUCAUUCGGUGUGCUAGUGUUAUUUAAUUUAAAGUUUCAUGCUCGUGUCGUUGAUUUGGGUUUCAUCCUUGUUUUUUUUUUUUAUAUAUAUGGAACUUAUAAUAUGUUCUCCUUAUGUGUGCUUAAAUACAUUCGUCCAACAGAUUAAAGUAAAAUUAUUGUAUAUUUUAAAAUUGGACAUCAACAUGAAAUAUUAUUAAACAUUUUAUUGUAUUAAACAACAUUGUAUUGUAGUACAGGUAUUAUGUCAUGUGACAGUUGUUUUAAUUUGUUUAUUUAGUUGACAUGAGUAUUGUAAUCAUUAAUAUUGUUGUAAUAGCUGUUAUGUUCAUUGUAAUAGCCAAGACUAGCUUACAUUAAACCAUAUUUACCAUUACUACCCCCCUCUGUUAUACUCAUUAUAUUAACUAUUAUUACUCCCUCUGUUACUCAUAUAUUGUUAUUAUAUGAUUCUAAUCAAAUUUAUCAAAAUAUAAUGAAAUUUGUAAAAAUUUGUCUUGGUUACUGUAAGUAUAUCACUUUGUUAGACAAUCAUCAUUGUAUUGACGUAGUAACUGAGUCAAAAUCUGUGCGUCCAAGUUAGCGCUGUUCCGUUGUUAGCUUGGUACUUAAUUUAGUGUUGUAGACAGUUUGGGGCCUUGUGUCACUACACAGCAUAUGGACGUCAUUACCACUGUUUUAGUAGGUAGACAAUUUGAUGACAUGCCCAGUGUGCAGAGACAGGUUUACAAAAGUAGAACGUUUAAAUUUCCUCUGUUGAUCAUUUUUGACGAUUUAUCUUUUGAUAUAUUUUUCUAUCGAAAGUCACUACGCACAAUAAUGUUCUGUUCUUUACUUGGGUUUUUUUUAAUGUUUCAAGGGAAAUUGCAUUUGGCAAGUUGAAGUUUUGAUGUUUAAAGGGAUUAUGAAUGUGCUUUUUUAUAAAUGCUGCAUUGGAUUAAUAAUAAUAAUAAUAGUAAUGGAACCAAUACAAUGAUGAAUAAUAAAUAUAACACUUAUAUUAAUUUUUUAAAACAGGGUUAUUGAAUAAUAUGAUGUUUUCAAAACACUUGUAGUGUUAUUGCAACACUAGGGUGGGGUUUAUUUUAUUAAGAAUACAUUAAGUAUUGAUCAAAAUAUUUUUUAACUUUUUAAGUUUUUUUUUUACCACAAUUGCAAUAAUAAGGUUUACCAUGAAGAAAAAUGAUGAGUCUGUUUUUUUAUCUUGUGUGCUUUUUAAAAAAGUAGUUAUUUUGAUUCAUAUGGAAAAGAAUCAAAAAACAUUUAUACUUCUAAUGUAGUAUUGUUGAUAUUCUCCAACUGUUGGUUGUUGUCUUCACCGCUGUUAUUUAUUGCAAAUAAAGGUUAUAAAUGCUUUUUGGAA